AUUGAAUGGCGGAGUGGACUCAAUGGGCUGAAUGGCCUUACUUCCACUCCUAUGUCUUAUGGUCGUAUGGCAUCUCAUUAACUGGAAAUCUAAUAAUCUAACAUUGGCUAAGUCUUUAACUUGGGAUGACCAAAUCCCAAUGAAAAUGAUUAGAACGUUCCAGAGUUCGACGUUUUUUGCAACUCUCCGAGAAAGCCUGCCGAACUGGCUUUCAAGCCUCCUGUACGUUCGAUGAGAUGGGUAUUUGGAAAAGACUUCAGCUCCGGUUUCUUGGAAUCAUCGAGUUAAUCAUUUUUCUUUCUCUUCACAAUCGGUAAACAAAACCCUAUCUCUUAUUUGUCUUUGGUACAAACAGACACACACACACAUUUCAAAUGAAUGCUCGCUUGGCAGGUUUAGUUUUGUAAACUAGGCCUAAUCCCAGGCGGCAGGCCUACGGAUCUCAUCUGAUUAUCCAGCCUAUCUUUAGGUGGAGUUUCAAUUUAUUGUAUCUCAGCAAUCAGGAGGUGGGCAAAGUCCAGUUUGCCCAACGUGUGAUGGACGAGGGAAGCAUUCAUUUACUUUUACUUUGAUCAUCAGUCGAAUUUCUUCUCCCGUGAAGAGCGAGGAUUAAUUGUGAAGACUUUCUCACUGGACUGCUCUGUAUAAUGUGCAGCACAGACUGAUAGACUAUGUCAGUGAGCUGGACCGGAGAUGCACCGCAGGCGUUACCCACACAGGAGUCGUUUGAUUCGAAUCCUAAGAUUAAGAUGGAGUUCCCGUUUGAAACUGCUUAUGAGGAAUUGUGUCCAAUUUGUGGAGACAAGGUAUCGGGAUAUCACUAUGGCCUUCUGACCUGUGAAAGUUGUAAGGGCUUUUUCAAACGCACAGUUCAGAAUAACAAACGCUACACCUGUGUAGAAAACCAAUGCUGUCAAAUCGACAAAACCCAGAGGAAACGGUGCCCUUACUGCCGGUUCCAAAAAUGUUUGACUGUCGGAAUGAAGCUGGAAGCUGUACGAGCAGAUCGCAUGAGAGGAGGUCGGAAUAAGUUUGGGCCCUUGUAUAAGCAAGACAGGGCGCUGAAGCAGCAGAAGAAGGCUCUCGUUCAUGGCAGUGGAAUCAAAUUGGACCCUGCCCCCUACGUAAUGCAAGGCGUACCAAAGGAGCUCAGUGCCCCCGUCCCCAGUGAGAGCCUACACUCUCCGUCCAAAUGCCUUUCCUUCAGCUACCACAGCCUGUCAGCGGGGGAUUGCGAGAGCGGUGUGGCGGGCACUAUGCCAGUCAACAUUCCCCUGGCUGCAAACGGAACCCUGCCGGGUUACCACCUGUGCAACCCCUUCCUGAGCUGCCACGUCAAGUCGGAGCACAUGGACCCCAGAUACCCCGGCUCACCCGAGCCGUUGCUCAGCAGCCCGUACCCAGAGGCCUACAGGCCCAGUCCAUCGGCCGCUGUGCCCCAGCUCAUCCAGGAGCUGGUGAAGUGUGAACCAGAUGAGGCACAGGUCCAGGCAAAGAUCUUAAGCUACCUCCAGCAAGAGCAGACCGCCAGGGGGAAACACGAGAGGCUCAAUACAUUUGGAAUCAUGUGCAAGAUGGCUGACCAAACCUUAUUCUCCUUGGUGGAGUGGGCCAGAAGCAGUAUAUACUUCAAGGAGCUGAAGGUGGAUGACCAGAUGAAACUUCUCCAGAAUUGCUGGAGUGAACUACUAGUCAUGGACCAUAUCUACCGACAAGUGGCCCAUGGGAAGGAAUCGAGUGUCCUCCUGGUAACAGGGCAACAGAUUGAUCUGUCAACCAUCAGUUCGCAAUCAGGAGCCACGCUGAAUAACCUGGUGAGCCGUACGCAGGAGCUGGUCACUAAGCUUCGAGCUCUGCAGACUGACCGGCACGAGUUUGUCUGCCUGAAGUUCUUGGUGCUCUUCAGUCCUGACGUGAAGAAUCUGGAAAACCGACCCUUUGUGGAGAGCAUCCAGGAGAAGGUCAACAGGGCUCUGAUGGACUACACAAUGUGCUUCCCACAGCAGGCUGACCAGUUUGGACAACUACUCCUGAGGCUCCCUGAAAUCCGAGCCAUCAGCAUGCAGGCCGAAGAAUACCUCUACCUCAAGCAUUUAAACGGAGACAUUCCUUGCAAUAAUCUGCUGAUUGAAAUGCUCCAUGCCAAGCACGUCUAAUAUGGAAAAAGACGGAUCUUUCAUAAGACGGAGACACUGCCUGAGGAUUUCUUUUUUGGAUUCAAGAUCCUCUGCUGACCUGGAAGAGAUGGGGAGUACAUCAAGUGAGUUUAGCAUACUUACAACCAGGGAGAAAGCCCUCCAACGUUUUCUUGAAUGGAUUACACUUCCCUCUGGGGCCCUUUUUUUUUGUUUUUACAGACCCAUUCCCAGGAGCGACUGAGAACGGGACACAAUGGAAUGUGUGAUCCACACUUAUUGUACCCUCCCACUUCAGGUUGAUGCCGUUCAAUCGCCUCUCAAAGGACAGCCAAGUCAAAAGCAAGAUCAUUGUAGCCACUUUGGCAAAAUCAUACUGCCUUUGGUGCCCCUGAAGGUGGCAAUUAGCAGAGGUGGAAGACGUGAGGGAUUAUAGCUCCACAUUUCUGAUCAGUUACCAAACCCCUCCCUCCCAUCGCAGCUGGCAAUUUGUGAGGGGAGAACCAAAUGUGGUAUCAAAAUGACGAAAGAUCAGCCCUCCUACAUCAAAAGACAACAGGCUGUACAUUAUCCCCAUUUGAUGAAGGGAGAUAAACUCACGUACUGCUGUGUGCUGCUGCUCAUCAACCCCGGAGAGCAACUCCUAGAUCUCAGACUUCUGACACCCCAACCAAGUCAACACAGCUCCACAUUGAGCAAGUUAGUGAACGAGUCCUGGUCUCAUUCUGAUGGCUACUCUUUGAUUGAGAAGAGUAUUGAGCUGCUCACAUACCUUGUAUUCCUCACAGUCCCAGGAGAGUGCACUGGCAAAGGUGACACUGUGGUACCCCAGCUGUAGAAACUGUAAGAGGUAGCAACUUAAGAGGAGGGAGGAGGAAAUUAUUAGAGUUAUACAGCACAGAAACAGACCCUUCCAUAAGACCAUAAGACAUAGGAGUGGAAGUAAGGCCAUUCGGCCCAGCGAGUCCACUCCUCCAUUCAAUCAUGGCUAAAGAGCAUUUCAACGUCACUUGCCUGCAUUCUCCCCCCAGCCCUUAAUUCCUUGCGAGAUCAAGAAUUUAUCAGUCUCUGCCUUGAAGACAUUUAAUGUCCCUGCCUCCACUGCGCUCCGUGGCAAUAAAUUCCACUUU